AUGCUUACGAUGGCUCCUCCAUCAUCAUCAUCAUCGCCGAGAGUUCUCUCUCUAAUCGCCACCAUCAUCAUAUUCUUCUUCAUCUCCAUCACUCUUUCAUGCCAUCAUUGUGUUGCUGAUCAUCAACGUGAUCAUCAUUACACCAUUGAACAAGAAAUCGAAGAGCAACAAGGCGAAGGAAGGUCCACGGGUGCUUACAAUGGUGAUAAUCAUUAUUAUCAUCAUCAUGGUUUUGAAGCAUAUCCUUCCUCAUCCUUUGGCAUGGUGGCCCAUGAUGGUGAUGAUGAUGAUGCCCAUUCCAUGGAAUUGGUGAAGCUUGCAAGUGAUGUUCUUAGCUUCAAGACAACCGAAAAAGUGGGUGCUACAUCUUCUUCUUCUUCUUCAUCAUCAUCGUCAUCGUCGGCACAGAGAGUUCAAGUUGAAGAUUAUAGAAAGUACGCUGGUGGCAACGAUGACACUAAGAUGUUUGAGAAAGCGUGGGAGGCAGCUUGCAGCAAAAAGGGCUCCGCGGUUCAGCUGGUCGUGCCGGCAAAAAACAGUUACACUGUCGGCCCAAUCACGUUCUCCGGCCCAUGCAAAUCCAGCAGUCUGACGGUCGAGAUCGCCGGCACCAUCCAGGCCUCCGGCGACCGGUCGGAUUACAAGGAAGACACCAGCCACUGGCUUCUGUUCGAAGGCAUCCAGAAUUUGGUCGUCCAAGGUGGUGGCACCAUCGAUGGAAACGGCAACGUUUGGUGGCAAAACUCUUGCAAAGUCAACAAAGCUCUCCCAUGCAAGAAAGCCCCAACGGCGGUGACGUUCUCGAAAUGCAACAACCUGGCAGUGAGGAACCUGAGGAUCCAAAACGCGCAGCAAAUGCACCUCACCUUCCAAGCCUGCACCAACGUCCAGGCCGCGAACCUCGCCGUGAAGUCGCCGGAGAAGAGCCCCAACACCGACGGGAUCCACGUCACGGGGACCAAGAACAUCCGGAUCUCCGACGCCGUCAUCGGGACGGGCGACGACUGCAUCUCCAUCGUGUCGGGCUCACAGAACGUGGAAGCCGCGGGCAUCACUUGUGGGCCGGGCCACGGGAUCAGCAUCGGCAGCCUGGGGGCCCACAACUCCCAGGCCCACGUUUCGGGUGUCACCGUGGACGGGGCCAGGUUCUCCGGGUCCACCAACGGCAUCCGGAUCAAGACGUGGCAGGGCGGGUCGGGCUCCGCGUCCAACUUCAGGUUCCAGAACAUCGUGAUGGAUAACGUGGAGAACCCGAUUAUUAUCGACCAGAAUUACUGCGAUCAGGACGAGCCCUGCAAGGAACAGAAAUCGGCAGUGCAGAUAAAGAACGUGGUGUACAAGAACGUGAAAGGGACGAGUGCUUCGGAGGUGGCGAUCAAGCUGGACUGCAGCAAGAGCUUCCCGUGUCAAGGAGUGGUGCUACAAGAUGUUCAUCUAGUGAGGCAAGGGUCGCAGGAGGAUAAAGGAGCCAGGGCUGAGUGCAGCAAUGUGAAGCUGAGUGAAGUUGGGGCAGUUUCUCCAAGCUGCGGCCAUUGAAUUGGUGAAUUCAUGAAUGAACGAAACCCUAAUUUCAUUCCACAUGAAUUGGGUUGAUGAAGAAACUGAAAGAUUGAUAAACAUAUGUAGUGGAUUGUUUGAUGUAAAUAUUGAUGUAGUUACAGUAAAUAAAGUGAACACAAAUGGAGUCACACACACUAGAAAGUAAUAGUAUACAGAUCAUACUUGUAAACUGCUGGUUCGAUUUGAAUUUGGGAUCGAUUUGAUAAUGUACAUAGCCGAUUUGAAUAAAGACCACACAGGUGGAAGUAAUGUUGAUUGCUAAAGUAUUGGGCCUGAGCUGCCUUGUCCAGUUUGUUGAUCAGUUGGAUGGGCUAACUGCAAG